ACCCCCUGCUCAGACACACUAAAUAGAGAUGACUCAUGGAUUGUGACUAGCUCUUGUAAACAAGUAUCUGAAGCUAGGAAGAACCACAAAAUAAUCAUACCACAGAAACAGGCAGUGUCAUGAGGCCUGGUACUGACAUUCCCGUGUUUGACCUCUCACUGUUACGAGAGCUGUGGGAAGGUCGGGUGAGGAAGCACAAGCAGCGGCAGAAGAGAGAGCAGGAAAGAAUCACCAAAAGUGCUUUAGCCAAGAUAAAUGAACAAUGGCAGUAUCGCAUAAAAUGCAGAAAACUGAAGAGCAAAGAAGUCACUGCACUCCAGUGCUAUUUGGAGAGAUCAGCCUUAGCAGAAAUGGACAUUCUUCCCAUAGUUGACACAAACCUUGACAGUGAAGACAAAAAAUUCAUUUUUGAGCUGUGUGGAGAUAAAUGGAGGAAACUACCAGAAGAUCUUCAGGAUAUGACUUAUCUUCGAGAAUGGCAUAUUUAUGGAACAAAAAUCCAAAAACUUCCUACCUACAUUGAAGAGUUUGUGGAUUUGUGUGUCCUGGAUAUACCUAAAAAUGGACUCACAGUGCUUCCAGCUGAGAUAGGAAAACUAGCUAACCUGAAGAAACUGAAUGUAAAUUAUAAUAAGCUAUCAAGAAUUCCCCCUGAACUUGGGGAAUGUGAAAAUUUGGAGAAACUGGAAAUGGCAGCAAAUUUCGAUCUCAGUGAACUGCCCUUUGAGUUGAGCAACCUAAAAAAAAUUACACAUCUAGAUGUAGCGGAAAACAAAUUAGGCAGCAUUCCAAUCUGUGUACUUCGAAUGAUAAGCCUUCAGUGGUUGGACAUCAGUAAUAACAGACUGCUGGAUUUGCCAGAGGAUAUUGACCGAUUGGAAAAGUUACAGACUCUGUUCCUACACAAGAACAAACUGAAGUACUUACCAAUGUCGAUGAUGAAUAUCGUUACACUCAAGAUGCUUGUUGUCAGUGGAGAUGAUCUAACCUGUAUUCCUUCCAGAAUCAGCGACGAUCCUAAAAUCAAAUUUAUCAAAUUAUUUGAUAAUCCAGUAACCAUGAAUGACUCUGAGGACAAAGAUGAAAGUAUUCAGCAGGAUGAACAUGAGAAGGAGUUUAUGCAAACCUAUAUCGAGACACUCAAAGACAGAGAUACAGCACCAACAUACACUACCAAAGUGUCCUUCAGUUGCCUUCUUUAAUUACCUGAAGAGAGCCAACUCAGAAUUCAGCCAGCAAUAAGGAUGAAACCAUCAGUGAAAAACUUUAAAUGCAAGUGUCAUCUCAAUCUUCUAUCCAAUUUCCUAGAUGUGUAAAAUAUAGUGUCUGAAUAGAAAGCUUCCUCCUGUCAGUCUAUUUAUCCUUUACAGAAUAAUCCUAAAGAAAAAAAAAACAUUGCACUCUUUUUUUUUUGUAAAUUUGUACUAAAAAAGGUAGCAGAUGCAAUUUACACGUAUGUGUGCGUGCAUGUUUUAUCGUUGGUUGAUGGAACGGGUAGCAUAUUGCACAAGAUGCAAUGUAGAAUAUGACCACAGUUUCUAGGUUCAGUGUAUUGACGUGACCAAAUGCUUAACCGAUUUGAUUUCAGUGAAUUACUGGGAACUUUGUAAGAGUGCAUUUCUUCUUCAUUGCUCUUAGAACAUCUAAGAAGUUGAAUAGGGUACUUUGCUGUUAUCUUUUCGUUGUCUUUUUUAGCUCAAAAACAUCAUUUCCAUACAAGCAGAGAUCAUGUAUGUAAAUGACUGACCCCACAAAUAAUAAAGCUUUAUAAUUCAACAAGAACAGAUAACUGACUACAAGAACUUGGUGUUUUACUUACACGAGCAAUUAAUGGGUCAACAGGCACACUGAACAAAUGUCAUGUUGUGCAGAAAACAUACUUUGGGAAUAUCAUAUGCACUGACAGCAAUACCAGGAAGCACUGCAAACAAUUUCUAGGAGUCAUAUAAGAAUUCUGCAUAUAGGGUAAACAUGGCACAAUGCCUCAGUAUUUAUAAAAAAAAAAGAAAAAAGAAAAAA